CUUUGCAUGGGACUUUGGUAUAAUCAUCACCACGUCAGUGACAGCUUUACCCCACAUGCCUUACUUUUUAAUUUAGCAAUCAUUGAAAACAGACAAAUCCAUAAAUAUCUACACCUAGUUGUUUUGCAUAUAUAAAUUUACUUCUUUCUUGAACAAAAUCUGUAUCCUAUUUUUUUUCAUUGCUAAAUAUCUAUUGGAGGGUACUUCAGGGGCUUUCUCUGUGUUGCUUCUUUUCCUUUCCUUCCUAUUGGGGUUUCUUAGAAAGAGAAAGAGAAAGAGAAAGAGAAAGAUAAACAAAAAAUGGUAAUUGGGAAAUACAGAGAUGUUGAGAAUGGUGAAAUUAAUAGCUCUCAGAACUUGGAAGAACCAUUCAUUAGGCACAAGAAGAUUGUUGCCUGUGAAGAUGCAGAUGGUGAUAUUGUUAGUAAUGUUGAGAAUGGUUCUGUUUGGAUGGUUUUCCUUAGCACAUUUGUUGCUGUUUGUGGAUCUUUUGAGUUUGGAUCAUGUGUGGGCUAUUCAGCACCAACUCAAUCUGCUAUCAGGGAAGAUCUUAAACUCUCCCUAGCACAGUACUCGAUGUUUGGUUCUAUAUUAACAAUUGGUGCGAUGCUGGGGGCUAUAACAAGUGGCCGGAUUGCAGAUUUCACUGGUCGAAAAGGGGCAAUGAGAAUGUCAGCUGCUUUCUGCAUUACUGGAUGGUUGGCUGUCUUCUUCUCCAAGGAAGCUAUCUCACUUGACAUGGGAAGAUUUUUCACAGGAUUUGGCAUCGGGGUUUUCUCUUAUGUGGUCCCAAUAUUCAUAGCAGAAAUAGCACCCAGGAAUCUCAGAGGAGGUCUUACAACACUAAAUCAGCUCAUGAUUGUUAUUGGAUCAUCGAUUGCCUUCAUAAUAGGAACACUUAUAACUUGGAGAGCAUUGGCUAUGACUGGACUUGUUCCAUGUAUUUUCCUGCUCGUUGGUCUGCAUUUCAUCCCAGAGUCACCCAGAUGGCUGGCAAAGGUUGGCCGUGAGAAAGAAUUUCAGGUUGCCCUUCAAAAACUUCGUGGCAAAGAUGCUGAUAUUUCUGUUGAAGCUGCAGAAAUCCAAGAGUCUAUUGAAACUCUUCAAACACUUCCAAAAGCCAAAAUGCUAGAUUUGUUUCAGAGCAAAUAUAUUCGAGCUGUGAUUAUUGGAGUUGGAUUGAUGGUAUUUCAACAAUUUGGAGGCAUCAAUGGAAUAGGAUUCUAUGCCAGUCAAACCUUUACAGAAGCUGGACUUUCUUCUACUAAAGUUGGAACCAUAGCUUAUGGUUGUGUUCAGGUCCCAAUAACUUUGCUUGGAGCAAUCUUGAUGGACAAAUUAGGAAGAAAACCACUUAUCAUGGUUUCUGCAACGGGGGCAUUUAUAGGCUGCCUUAUGGCAGGAACUUCUUUCUUUCUCAAGGGUCAAGGUUUGCUGCUUGAAUCGGUACCAAUAUUGGCCGUUUCUGGUGUGCUGAUUUACGUAGCAUCUUUCUCGAUUGGAAUGGGAGCAGUCCCUUGGGUGAUAAUGUCCGAGAUUUUCCCAAUUAAUGUGAAAGGAGCUGCUGGGAGUUUGGUGGUGCUAGUGAACUGGUUAGGAGCUUGGGCAGUUUCCUAUACUUAUAACUUUCUUAUGAGCUGGAGUCCUACAGGAACUUAUUUAAUCUACUGUUCUUUCUCAUUGAUGGCUGUUAUAUUUGUGGCAAUCAUAGUACCAGAGACAAAAGGAAAAACACUAGAGGAAAUUCAAGAAUGCAUUAAUGCUGAUAGAAGAGGACAAGAAAUUUUGAAGUAAAAUUUUGGAAGUUGAAGAAAAUAUGAGUUUUUUAUUCUUUUGGUUCAACUAUCUUCUCCAUUAAAUUGGUGGUGAAAAUUUGAAGUGGUUCAUGGUAAAGAAGAUGAUGAGAGAAAAUCCCAGAGUCUUGUAUUUAUAGAUGAGAGAAAUAGCGAGGGGAAUGCAUUUACUAUUAUGCUUGUAGUUUCAGUUUUCUAAGGAAAUUUUUUUUUUUUUUGGGGUAAUAGUAGUUAAGUAGGAUGAUAGUGGUGGAAAGAAGUACUAUACAUAUGAUCUAUGAAAAGGUCUUAUGCCUUUUGCUUUGGCUCUCCCAACUCUACAAGCUCAAAUUUUCCUUUGAUGAGUAAUAUAAAUGACCCAUAUAUGAGAUUCUUUUA